AUACUGUCUUGUAGUCAUGUCAUGGUGUAGUUGCUGGGUUUCUGAUUCAGUGCUAGGCGGCUAGCAGUCAUUUUCUUUCUCUCUCGUCAGAUCUCGAUUUUGGGAGCGUAGCGUUAGCCACUGAUUCCGCGAUCCGGUACAUGUAGAUUUGUGCGCGGACUUGUACUCGUAGUCGGUGGAUAUCAGUGACGGCUGCCACCCGAGCCAUUGGUUGUCGGUGCAUCGAUCGCAAGGGUCUGAUGAGAACGUAGCGAGUGGAAAUCUAGAUUGGAGGAACAAUGAGCUUAUUCAAAAAGGUAUGAUGUGACAAGUGCUUGUUAGAGCAAGAAAUCAAAGGUCAUGAAUACCUAUACCGACGUAUCGUAUGAUACCGGCCAUGAGGGUUGCAACAUGCAUUCCUCGGUCCAAACUGUUCAAGUCCCUCCCCAUAUACACUCCCCGUAUACAUGUACUAGUACACUCCUCAUAUACUAGCACACACUUAUUCCUAAUUUGGAAUCAUGCAUGCCAUCCUGCAGUGUGGUUCCAGACAUCCCAAUGUUCAUCGACAACCGUUUCAUGGAGGCUUCAUUUUCAAAAUUUCAGCUUUGACUUGAUUGUUAAGUUUCUUGUACAAGUAGCUUUUUUCCAAUUCUUCGGCAUUGCCAAGGCCAGUACAUGUACAUCUUCUGCUUGCCAUGUGCUCUGCUGUGCUAUUGUGUUUUCUCUUCCCGGUGUUUCUGAUGCAGCUUCGUACAGGCAAGAAAGACAAGCCGCAAGAUGAGACUGACCAGAUUAUUGCUCAAUUCCAACAGGUGGAGGCCAAGACCAAAAAGAUCUGCAAGGACCUGAGAAAGCAUGGAGAAGCAAUGACUAAUAUGGCUAAAGCACAGCACCGCGUUCUCAGUGACCUCUAUCAGACAGUGUAUGGACGCUCGAACAACACGGAUGGUCCUGAUAAAAACCGAACACGAGGGCCGACUCGUCUCAUCAUAAAGCGUGUCCCGGAACUCAAUACCUAUGCUUCACUCCAGUUAGCCAUUUCAGAGAAGCAACAUGAAAUGCAGGUGCGGCUGCGUUUUGACGAGGAACGUCUCAUGAUGGAACCAUUGAAGAAGUAUUCUUUGAUAUUCCCCACAGUCAAUUCUGCGCUGUCAAAACGGGAAUCUAGGAAACAGGAGAUGGAGAAGGCUAAUACCAAGGUAGAGAAGUACAAAGAGAAGAACUCUCCCAAACUGGACUUGGCCGUGGCGGAAGCAAAGAAAGCAAAGGAGGAUUUUGCAAAGGUUGAUAGCAUUGUUGUGGCGGAACUACCCGUACUGCAUGCGGGUAGGUUGGAAUUCUUUGAAGCAUGCCUUGGCUGUUACAUACAAGCACAGAAACUCUACUAUGAACAGAUGGCUGCAGCCCAUGAGGACACAUUGUCGAAGCUUGGCUACAGUUGUGCAGGCGAUGGCUCGCCGUCAGUGAAGGAGCAACUUGACACCGAGCUGGACUCCUUGUUUGGUGAGAUGGCCACGCUCUCGGUGACGGAUUCCACUGCAGCCACGACUGGCAAGUCAUGAGGACAUGAUGGAUGACCUGUAACCGGACAUGCAUGUCUACAUCCAACGUAUGCGUUGAUUGUGUAUUGCAGGAGACUGCUGCAAAGAAUAUUAUUUAUCUCACUUGAAAGACAGUGGCCAAUCUCAUUAGUAUGGCAUUGCUUGAAGUGGAAAUAUUUAUUGACGAGCUGCAAAGUUCAUAGAUAGAGAGUUGACAAGAGAGUUUAGAGUGGUGUGGGUGUCGCUACGACUAUUUCAAGCUACUUUCCGUCGCAUGAAUAUGGCUGAAAACGUUGAGAUACAUAGGUGAUUGAGUUGCUUUGCUUUCUCUGACCAUACUGCUACUUGAUAGGAUGGCAUAAGAAGACAGCUGGACUGUCCAGGCGCAUUGCCCAUGCUGAACACCGAGUCUGUGCAUUUGUUUGUUUUUUACAUUACUGUGAAUGAUCUAAAGACUUUCAAGAUUGAGAUCUGUGCAUGAAUGUUCUCUAGGUAGGUACAGCAUUGUGCUAUUUUCCAAUAGUACUAGACUAGCUACUAGUGACACUCUUUCUUUUUCAUUCGUUACAUUUGCUUGUAUUUCAGUUGAAGAGAAUGAAUGAAAACUGAAUACAAUUAUUAUGA